GAAGGAGCUCGGGUUGGACCUGGCAAGGGGUUGUCCUGGAGCCGGAGACUGCAGAACUCGGGGGAGCCGGGGUGGAUCUCGCGGCAGGAGAUCCUGGGUUUGCAUUCCCGCUCCGCUACUGGGGCGCUGUGUGACCUUGGGAAAUCCACGGGACCUCUCUGAGUCUGUUUCCUCCUCUCCACAAUAGAAAGGCCGAUAAUAAUAGUCACCGCGGGCCGCCCUAGAGGCUGCCCUCGAGCUCCUCAUGAGCCCUUCCAGCACCUCGCUGGUGGGACACGGAGCCCUAUCCCCACUUCACAGUCAGGAACACAGAGGCGCCGAGCUGUUUUGCAUGUUUUCUGGGGUGAUGAAGGGAGACACCUGGGCAUGGGGAACGGCUCUGAGCCAGCUGGAUGGGCUGCAGCAGGGCUAUUAAUAUCGGGGCGGCUAGGGGGAGUAGGGGAGAAUGUGCUGAGCCGGGAAACCCCGACACUACCCCGGCUGCAACUCAAUCUCCCGGGCACUCCUGGCCCCGCCGCCAGCGGGCGGGGCUCCGGCGGGAGGAGGGGGGCCUCCAGGGUGGGCGGGUCAAUCGCGCCGCGAUGUCAUCCGGGCUUCAGCGCCGCGGGAUUCCAAGCGCCCCACGGCUGGUCCGUCCGUCCAAUCAACUCGCCGCGUCGGCCGGCCGUUCCCUUAGAGUCUGAGCGCUCGCUUCACCCCUUCCGAGCUUCUAUUGGCCGUGGUAGACGUCCGUCUGUCGCUAUCUCCGCCCCAAUACGGAAGCGGCCUAGCCCUCCGGCUCCGACAGCUGAGUGUCCAGGCCAUGGGGCAGCCCUGGGCGGCUGGGAGCGCGGAUGGGGCUCCCGCGCGGCUGCCUCUCGUGCUCACCGCGCUGUGGGCCGCGGCCGUGGGCCUGGAGCUGACUUACGUGCUGGUGCUCGGUCCCGGUCCGCCCCCGCUGGGACCCUUGGCCCGGGCCUUGCAGCUGGCGCUGGCCGCCUUCCAGCUGCUCAAUCUGCUGGGCAACGUGGGGCUCUUCCUGCGCUCGGAUCCCAGCAUCCGGGGCGUGAUGCUGGCCGGCCGCGGUCUGGGCCAGGGCUGGGCUUACUGCUACCAGUGCCAAAGCCAGGUGCCGCCACGCAGUGGACACUGCUCUGCCUGCCGCGUCUGCAUCCUGCGUCGGGACCACCACUGCCGACUGCUGGGCCGCUGCGUGGGCUUCCGCAACUACCGGCCCUUCCUGUGCCUGCUGCUUCAUGCCGCCGGCGUCCUGCUCCACGUCUCUGUGCUGCUGGGACCUGCACUGUCGGCCCUGCUGCGAGCCCACACGCCCCUCCACAUGGCUGCCCUCCUCCUGCUUCCCUGGCUCAUGUUGCUCACAGGCAGAGUGUCUCUGGCACAGUUCGCCUUGGCCUUUGUGACGGACACGUGCGUGGCGGGUGCGCUGCUGUGUGGGGCUGGGCUGCUCUUCCAUGGGAUGCUGCUGCUGCGGGGCCAGACCACAUGGGAGUGGGCUCGGGGCCAGCACUCCUAUGACCUGGGUCCCUGCCACAACCUGCAGGCAGCCCUGGGGCCCCGCUGGGCCCUUGUCUGGCUCUGGCCCUUCCUGGCUUCCCCAUUGCCUGGGGAUGGGAUCACCUUCCAGACCACAGCAGAUGUGGGACACACAGCCUCCUGACUCCAGGAAGAGCCAGAACUGUACAGGGAGGAAGGAGUGAGAGGGGGGCCCCACCCCUAGACUCAGGAAGGAAGUUGGGUUGGACCUUAACAUCUGCAUUGGACAACUCCACCCCUUCCUUGGCCUUGCACCUGCCCGCCUACACACCUAUGUGUCUAGGGCUUGGGCCAUGAUUUAGGCAGAGGAGUGCAGAGGAGGGUCUGGCAGGGGGUUGCUUAGGCUGCCUAGCUGCCCCUUUGCCAGGUUAAUAAAGCACUGACUUGCUUCUCAGCCUCCCUCCCAUCUUUGCAGUUUCUGGCCCCUCACUUUGUUGCUGGGGCUGUUUCUGGGUCCCUCUGUAGGGCCUGGAAACCCCAGAAUGCCUGAGGCUCUCAGGGACUGGGGCUCUACGUCCCCCGGCCUGGGUGAGUUGGGGGUGGGGUACCAGCAGGACAAGGCAGUAUCCUACUGAUCCAGGCUAUGAGAAUCCAAAUGUUCUUUCCCAGGUUUGGCAUUUUAUAGUUAAAACAUUUCUGCAACAGCAGUUUCAUGGAACCUCUCUUAGCUAACCUGGCCCAUGGGGCAGCAGUUACGCUCUGAGAAUCCAUGUGGUAAGAUCAUGGUGCGGCAAAUGGAGGCAGGAUUCGAACCCAGGUCUUUGUGCUUUUGCCUUUACCCUUGCACAGCUGGAGGAAAUGAGUAGGAAAGAAAUCAAGGUAAAAAAAUGCGCUGAGGCUGUUUGGGCAUCUGUGGAGGGUGGUGCUGAGAGGGCUAGGCCUGUACCUCUCUGGACUCUUCAAGAGCUGCUUGUUAAACAUUUCUGUAUAAAUAGUCAACAGAGAUCGCCAUUUCCACAUGGCAGGCUUCAA